ACCCCGCAUGCAAACUUCCCUUCACCAAACCCCACCAAACCUGUCCGAAAUUGCUAUCCCCACAACGAAAAUGUCAAAAGCGGUUCGCAGGCACUCCUCGAGGGGCGGCCGUGGCCUCUUCACAACAACCGCGAUCCCAGCUGGCACGCAAAUCCUCUCGAUCCCCAAACCCCUCGUGACGGUCCCCAGCGAUGCGCACCUGCAAAGCACCUGCAGCAACUGUCUCCACCACGCCCCGGACACACCCUCAAUCUUAACUACUUACAAUCCUCCCCGGAAGCUCUUCGCUUGCCUGGGGUGUAAGGUUGUCAGGUAUUGUGGAAAGGUAGGUGGGUUAUAAAUCCCCCCCCUCCCGGUCUGAAAACAGGAGCAAGGGAGUUGGCUAACCGGGAGGGAAAGUAGGAAUGCCAAACAGAAGACUGGAAGCGCGUGCACAAGCACGAAUGCAAAACCUUUGCUGAGCUGCCGAGGGCGUUGCCGGGUUCUGUGCGCGUCACGACGAGGGUGCUCAUGCAGAAUGCGGAAGAGGAAGUGCUUGCGCAGUGUGAAGAUCACGUUGAGAGGUUCCGUACGGAAGCCGGGGGGAAGAGAUGGGAAGUGGUGUUUGUGAUGGGGAAGGGGGCGCAUGGUUAUUCAGGAACGAGGAAGGGGGAGGAGGAAGUUAGGAGGCUGAUUUGCGCUGUUCGUAGAUUCCUUCCCAGCUCUUUCUCAUAGGUGAGGGAGAUGGUAUUGACGAUGGAGGUUGUGAUAUAGGUACUAGUAAACUCUAUGACCCUCGUCACAGAGACUUUUGAUCCCAUUGGUAUUGCCUUCGACCCGCUGGCCGCGAGCAUAAACCACGAUUGCACGCCCAAUUCCGUCAUCCUCUUUGACGGCCGCGUCCUCCAAGUCCGUGCUCUAGAAGACAUACCCGCAAACGCCGAAAUCCUGAUAUCAUACAUCGACAAUACAGCGCCCCGCGAACGCCGCCAGCUAGAACUGUCGGAAAAGUACUUUUUCACCUGCGCCUGCUCGCGUUGCACCAGCCCCGCUGGCCCCACAGACGGGUUCCUCUGCACCUGCGGGGGGAUUGGACUACCCUCACACGAAGCGGUGCUUUGCGGUAAGUGCACACGAGCACUCCCGGUGACCGUGGACGUGGAGGUACUCGAGCAGAUAGCCUGGUCCGCGCUCGACUCGGAUAAGAGUGAUGAAAUGAUCUCCAGCUUGAAGCACCUGCACAAGUCCCCUGUAUGGCCGCUGCCCCGGCAGCCCCUGGCCGCGCUGCACCUAGCGCUUGUGCAGAGCGAGUAUAUUCCGUCCGGGAACUGGGAACGGGCCCUACUGCAUUAUCUACUGGCUUACUUACGCCUCGACCCGGUCUUCUACCCGCAGAGGUUCCACCCCGUGCGAGUCGUGCACGGGUUCAUGCUUGCGAACUUGUUCUUGCAGGUUCCGGGGGUGGACUGCGGGAAGGUUGUUUGGGGACUGCUGUGUGAGUGUGCUGCGCAGGUGGGGAGGAGUCAUGGUGACGGCGGAGGAUUUGCUGGUGUGAUUGCCAGGAAGAAGGAGGAGGUGAGGGGGGAUUUGGAGAAGGAGGAGCAGACGAGGGGGUGGGUGAGGCUAAGGUUGGAGGAUAUUGGCCUCGAGGCAGAGAUGGGGAAGGUUGUUGGUAUGGUAGAGGGGUUGGUUAAGGAGCUUAAGAUGCGGUAAUGGUAAUUGUGAUGGUUGUGAGGGGUUAGUCUUUUUUGUUUGUGGAAAUGGGUGGAUUAAUUAUGAUACAGGGUAAGUGCAAAGUGGCGACUAAAAAGGGCAUAGAAACCUGUAAAAUAUCUAUUACUGUAUCCAUCUAUCGACACUCAUCUAAUUCUUCCUCCUCUUAGAAAACCUCUCCUUCCUCCUCUCAAAGGCCUCCCCAACAACUCUCGAACUGCCCCCCUCCUCCUCGUCCCCAUCUCCCCUCCUUUUCCGACUCUUCUCCAACAACUUUGCGCUCUUACCCGCUUUGUCAACCCCCUUCGUCAGCCUCUCUAUAUCCCCCGUGAAACUCGACCAAUCCUCGCC